CGCGUGUCCCCGCCCGGCCGCCGUCGGCCCCGCUGCCCCCGCCCGGGCCGGCCGCAGCAUGGCGGGAGCCUGCCCCGGGAGCCCCGGCGGGCGGCGGCGGCUGCGGGACGACGGCGUGAGGACGCACACCUCCAGCGAGCAGAGCAAAGUGGAGGACAUCGUGCAGGAGGUGUUCGACGCCUACAAGACGAACCACCACGCCGCCCAAUUCGUCCUGCAGCGGGAGAAGCACUUCCAUUACCUGAAGAGAGGCCUCCGGCAGCUGAGUGAAGCCUACGAGUGUCUGGACGCCAGCCGCCCCUGGCUCUGCUACUGGAUCCUGCACAGCUUGGAGCUGCUGGAGGAGCCCAUUCCCCAGGCGGUCGCCUCUGACGUCUGCCAGUUCCUGAGUUGCUGCCAGAGCCCGCAGGGCGGCUUCGGGGGGGGCCCCGGCCAGCACCCCCACCUCGCCCCGACCUACGCCGCCGUCAACGCGCUCUGCAUCAUCGGCACAGAGGAGGCGUUUGGCGUCAUCGACAGGAAGAAGCUCCUGGAGUACCUGCACGCGCUGAAGCAGCCCGACGGCUCCUUCCUCAUGCACAUCGGCGGCGAGGUGGACGUGAGGAGCGCCUACUGCGCCGCCUCGGUGGCGUCGCUCACCAACGUCCUCACGCCCACGCUCUUCGCCGGGACGGCCGAGUGGAUCGCGAGGUGCCAGAACUGGGAGGGCGGCAUCGGCGGGGUGCCGGGCAUGGAGGCCCACGGCGGGUACACCUUCUGCGGCGUGGCGGCGCUGGUCAUUCUCAAGAAGGAGCACCUGCUGAACCUCCGCAGCUUGCUGCACUGGGUGACCGGCCGGCAGAUGCGCUUCGAGGGCGGCUUCCAGGGCCGCUGCAACAAGCUGGUGGACGGCUGCUACUCCUUCUGGCAGGCCGGGCUGCUGCCCCUGCUGCACCGCGCGCUCCACGCCCGGGACGACGCGGCGCUCAGCAUGGCACGCUGGAUGUUCGACCAGUCGGCGCUGCAGGAGUACAUCCUCCUGUGCUGCCAGUGCCCGGCCGGCGGGCUGCUCGACAAGCCGGGCAAGUCCCGGGACUUUUACCACACCUGCUACUGCCUGAGCGGGCUGGCCAUCGCCCAGCACUUCGGCAGCGGCGACCUCCACCACGAGGUGGUCCUGGGCGUCCCCGAAAACCGCCUGCAGCCCACGCAUCCCGUCUACAACAUCGCCCCGGAAAAGGUGGUGAAGGCGGUGAUGCACUUCUUGCAGCAGCCCGUGCCCAGCCUGGAGGCGGCGGGGUAAGGGCCCCGCUCCCCCUCGGACGGCGCGGCCGAGCAGAGCGAGGUCCUCAGGGUGCUAGCGAUACCAAAAAAAAAAAAAAAAAAAGGCCGGCCACCGCCGCUGCCGCCCUCCCCGGCGGGAGCUGAGGGCGCCGCGGGUGGCGUGGCAUCAAUAAAGCAGAGCUGACACCC